AUGAACGAACAGUUUCUAGAUUUUCUUCAAUUUCAAAUCGAUUGGACGAAACAAUCCAAAGCCGUACUUGAUGCUUUUAGUCAUUUUCAAAUCACAGUGAUCUCCAGCAAUAUUAAACAUGCCGAACGGUAUCUCAGUUUUCUUUUCACACUCUUCACCAAACCUGAAAAUUCCAUCCACGAUUUCGCCCAUGAUACGUUGCAAAGUUUGAUGUUCAUCGUUCCAUUAGCAUCUACUCUUCUAUGCACAAUCGCCGAGCAGUACUUUCCAUUUAUGACGAAAGAUAAACAUAUUCAAGUAGUAUACGUUCAAAAUCUUCUCCGAUCAUUGAACUAUUUACCAAUCGAAAGAUUGAAAUUUUUCGAAAUAGUUCUCACGAAAUUACUCCGAAUGGAUGUACAUGCAUCCCGACAAGAUAUUCUUCAAACGGAAAAACGCCGUGUAGAAAAUGAGAUGGUGUUCACACUCGAGCAGAGUGACGAUCGUAUGAAACAUGAUCAAGCUGACAAACUCGAUUGGCUGAUGUUUAUUUUAUUUGAAUAUAUCACGAACGUUUCGCAUAAAGAUGGUAAAGUAACGAGAUGCAUGGAACUAAACGAAAUUCGAAGGAGAUUUUUAGGAGAAUUUCAUUUCUUUCGCCGACACAUGAUUCAUCUCAUGUACAAUUUCUUAUAUUCUACAUUUGCAGCUUCCAUCGACGAUGAAUUUAUAAAUAAUUGUUGGAAAACCUUUGUUUCACCCUCAAUUUCCAUGACAUUUCGACAAGCUGCCAUUUACUAUCUAUGCAGUUUCAUCGCCCGUGCUAAUUAUAUUAAAAUCAAAUCUGUAUUAACUAUAACACAUUCUAUGGUAGACUGGUUACAUAUGUACAUGAGUACAACCGAAACGAAUACUUGCAGGACAAACCCGAAGCGUCAUUUACCGUUCUAUGCGAUUUUUCAAGCAGUGCUCUACAUAUUUGUCUACCGACAUCGAGAAAUUGCUCGAUUGUCUAAUGGUAUCGAAAGAGUUUUUCAAUGGCGGCUGAAUCAUAUCAUGUCAUCGGAAUUGAAUCCAUUGAAAUUUUGUCUACCGACUAUAACACUUCGAUUUGCUCAACUGGCAAGGAAUUAUCAAAUUGCUUUUUGUUAUUCCAUCAUCGAAACGAAUCGUCGUUAUUCACUACCCGAAGUGUUUUCAUUCGAUAAUUACUCAUCGACCGUACCAUCUCAGAUUCUUCAUGCCUACUUUCCAUUUGAUCCUUACAUCUUAAAACGUUCAUCAAUAUUCAUCCAACCUAUUUACAACGAGUAUCAGGAUGAAAGUGAAGAUUUCAAUAGCUCAGAUACAAACGAGAAUGAGGAUAUUUUCUAG